AUGGUGUACGGAUGUGGGAAUCAGAUGAUCAAGUUUCUGUUGUUCAUUUGUAACUUUGGAUUGUUUCUUUUUGGUGCCUUGAUCUUCUCCUUUUCAUUGUGGGCCAAUUUGGAUCAGAACUUCACAACAAAACUGAGCGAUCUCAUGACAAAGGCUGGUCUAAACCCGGAUUAUGUUGAAGAGUUGGAACAGGUAAGGUUAAGACGACAUUCUGGGAGUUUUAUGUAAAUAUUAAAAUGGGUGUACAUCUUUUCGUUUUUUAGUGCUGCAUAUCUAAAAGACUUUAAAAAGUCAUUUUAGCUAUAGUUUUGUUAACUUAACAUAAUGAUAAAUAUAAUUUCAGUACCAAGCAUCGUUGUGGGUAUUUGUUGCUAUUGGAGCCAUCAUUUGUUUUGUCGGAUUCUUUGGAUGUUGUGGAGCUGCUUGCGAAAGUUUGUUCUUCUUGACAAUGGUGGGUGACGUUUUUUAAAGUUAAAAAGUGUAAAAUAUUGUUCGUUUAAGCAUAUUGUACUAGAUAAUAAUUAUUUGUGGUUUGCGUUACUUCUUUAUUAAACUUUGUUUUUUAGUUUUUCGUGGUCAUUUUGGUGCUCUUUGUGAUUGAACUGUUCACUUUGAUCUACUUGAAAGUGAACAAAGCAGGAUUCUUGUCCGCCCUCUACUACACCUUACAACGAUCAGCUGAAACCGAGCAGAUGAGAACCCAAUUCAAGCCCAUCGAGAGUCUACUAAAAUGUUGUGGAGCGACUUCAGAAACUGCCUAUCAAUAUGCAAAUGACUGCAAAGCCAUUGGCACAUUCGAACAGCCGGAUUGUUACUCUGUUCUGUCGUCCAAGCUCGACGGGUACGGUAAUGUUGUGGAGAUUUGUGGUGUUAUUGUGUUGGUGAUACAGAUGUUCUCCAUGAUGUUCUCCUGCACGUUGUCGCGAGCGAUCCGCGAGAGAACCCCCGCUUAUUACUAG